CGGCGGCGGCGCUGUCACCCAUUGGCUGAGGCGGCGCCCACGCGCCCCAGUGCCCGCGCCAUCGGCCGCUCCGGGAGCCCCUCGGGCCACGCCUCAGUCCGCCCGCGCCCCUCCUCAGACCACCAGCCUCUCGGGGCGCCUCCGGCUCUGCCGCCGCCCGUUCUGGUCGCUCUGGUUCCUCUGCCCGGUCCAGAGCGGGCAGCGGGCACGAGCACACCCCACAGCGGCCCCCGGAGUGGUGCCCCAAGCGCGGCGGCCUCCUCCUCCUCCUCCUCGGCUGCCGCCAUCAUGUCUGCUGCAAAUUCUGAGACUGCGAACUCAACCAUCUCCAGAGAGGCCGGCACCCAGUCCUCAUCAGCUACAGCCAACCAAGGCUAUGUUUUACCAGAAGGCAAAAUCAUGCCGAACACUGUUUUUGUUGGUGGAAUUGAUGUCAGGAUGGAUGAAACUGAAAUUAGAAGUUUCUUUGCUAGAUAUGGUUCUGUUAAAGAAGUGAAGAUAAUCACGGAUCGAACUGGUGUGUCCAAAGGCUAUGGAUUUGUUUCGUUUUAUAAUGACGUGGACGUGCAGAAGAUUGUAGAAUCACAGAUAAAUUUCCAUGGUAAAAAGCUGAAACUGGGCCCUGCAAUCAGGAAACAAAAUUUAUGUGCUUAUCAUGUGCAGCCACGUCCUUUGGUUUUUAAUCCUCCUCCACCACCACAGUUUCAGAGUGUGUGGAGUAACCCAAACACUGAAACUUACAUGCAGCCUCCAACCAUGAUGAAUCCAAUAACUCAGUAUGUUCAGGCAUAUCCUCCUUACCCAAGUUCACCAGUUCAGGUCAUCACUGGAUAUCAGCUGCCUGUUUAUAACUAUCAGAUGCCACCACAGUGGCCUACUGGGGAACAAAGGAGUUAUGUUAUACCUCCGGCUUAUGCAGCUGUGAACUACCACUGCAGUGAAGUUGACCCAGGCGCCGAAGUGUUGUCGAGCGAAUGCUCAGUUCACGAAGCUGCUCCAUCCCCGGGAAAUGGCUCGCAGAAGAAAUCUGUGGACCGAAGCAUACAGACAGUGGUAUCUUGUCUGUUUAAUCCUGAGAACAGGCUGAGAAACUCCCUUGUUACUCAAGAUGAUUACUUCAAGGAUAAAAGAGUGCAUCACUUUAGAAGAAGCCGGGCAGUGCUUAAAUCUGUUUGAUCCUCCCUGCUAACAUUCUGGUCUCAUGGAAAUUGCCUGGUUUUGAAUAUUAAGAAGAGACUAAAAAUUUUUCACUAUUGUAGAACUUAACUCUGAAUUUUGAUAAAUCUGACUCAGACUUUCUGUACGAGUUAUGUUAGAUUUGUAGUUUUAUUUUACAUUAAAACUGUUCUUUAUUAGAUGUUUAUUUAGAAACUAGUUCAAUGUUCCAUAUAUAGUUGAAAGUAAAAAAUAAUUGAGACUGAGAGGAAUAGCUUUUAAGUUUUAUUUGUAAGGAUUUUUUAAAAUUGAAAUUAGCAUUUUAAGAGUUUUAAAAGCAACAACUGAUUUUCAAACAAAUUGUUUUAAAAAGGCUAUUUUGAAAGGUCAGAAUUUUGGUAGUUUGAAUACGAACAUUUCACUUCUCCAACAAGUACCUGUGAACAGUACAGUAUUUACAGUAUUGUGCUUUGCAUUCUGAUUUGUCUAGAAAUUUACCGCAAAAGCAGAAAUUUUUAAAACUGCAUUUUUAAUCAAUGGAACUCAAUAUACAGUUAGCUUUAUUGAAGUCUUCCUUAUCUAAAACCCAGUAAAACAGAUUCUAACAAACAGUCCAAUCAGUGGGUCUUAUGUUUACUCAAAAUAUAUUUUAUUCUUUAUCUAGAAUCCACCCAUAUAUGUUCUGUUUGAUUGGGAUGCUAAUUAGGAUAACUAAAAUUCUGGGCCUGAUUUUUUUUUUUAAGAAUCCGGGACAAACUAAACUUCACUAGGUAGAUAAGCUUCUCAGUGAGUUACCAUUCUCCUUUUUUUUUUUAAAUUUUUUUCUUGAAAUGCUA